AUGACUUUACCAAACGUAUUUUUCAUUACUGGCACAUCAACAGGAUUUGGAAGAGAAUUAGUGCUCGAAUUAAAUACGCAAGGACAUAAAGUAAUAGCUACUGCUCGUAAUUUGGACAAAAUAAGGGACUUUGAGCAACUCGAAAAUGUCGACAUCCUCAAAUUAGAUAUUUCCAGUUCGCAAGAAGAAAUUGCAAAUGUAGUGAACAACGCUAUUAGUAUCCAUGGACAUGUCACUCAUUUGAUUAACAACGCAGCAUAUUCAGUUGCCGGUUGCGUCGAAGAGGUACCACUUGAGCAAGCUAAAGCACAAUUUGAUGCCAACUUUUGGGGUACAAUAAACGUUACUAAUGCAUUCCUUUCACAUUUUAGAUCACGUAAAUACGGCGAAAAGUUUAUUUCGGUAAUCUCAUCUUUAGUUGGCAUCACUACUUUCCCAUACAUCUCAUAUUACUCCGCAUCAAAAUAUGCCUUAGAGGCAACGUUCGAGUCUCUCAAAAUGGAGACACAACACUUGGACAUAAAGGUACUAAUUAUCGAGCCAGGAUAUUUCCGUACUAACUUCUUGCAAGAGGGCUCUAACAUUCAAACACCGAAGAAUCCAAUUUCUGACUACGCACCAGUAAGCGAAGCCAUGUCUGAAGUGUUCAAAGAGCAAGACGGAACCCAAUUAGGUGAUCCUAAAGCUGGAAGCAAAAGGAUUAUCGAGCUCUUGACCAACCGUGGUUUUGCUAAACAGAUCAGUGACGGUGAAGUCCCUACUAGAGUUGCACUCGGUUCAGACUCAUACAACGGCAUAGUUAGCAAGGCCAAAGACCUUAUCGACAAUGCAGACAAGUGGAAAGAGUUCUCAAUUUCUACUGAUCACAGUAAAUAA